AUGACAGAGAUGACCUCGGAUUUUUCAGCUGCCCUCAACGGUGCCAUUGAGCGCCUUGACACACUCCAGGUCAAGGGGCGGUAUUUCACCCAACGGGUCUUGCAGGACGACUUCGAAGUGAGCGGGGACAUUUUGGGAACAGGGUGUAGUGGUGCUGUCCUAGCGGCCAAAAGUCGCCACAGACCCGGACGCUUCGCGGUGAAGGCCUAUGAUCUGCAGUACCUCGAUCCGGGUCAGAAAGAACGCUUGGCGGGAGAAGUAGCAGUGUUUCUCAGUUUGGAUCACCCGCACAUCGCUCGUCUUUUCUCCGUUUAUGAGACCAAAGACCAACUCAGCCUUAUCAUGGAACGCAUGGACGGUGGCGAGCUCUUUGAACGUGUUUGCCAGACCGAUCGCUUUAGUGAGAAUGAUGCUGCACAAGCCACUUGGCACAUGCUUCAGUCGGUCAGCUACAUUCACAGUCGAGGGGUGGUUCAUCGCGAUCUUAAGCUCGAGAACUUCCUCUACGACGCCCCGGGAAGCGAUUUCCUAAAGCUCAUCGACUUUGGCUUCAGCAAGUUCUUCCCCAAUGAUCAGAAGAUGAGAGAAGCCAUGGGAACACUGGCCUACGUUGCUCCAGAAGUAUUGCGACACCGCUAUGCUCGUGGGAGUUGUGAUAUGUGGAGUCUCGGCGUAAUCGUCUUCAUUUUGCUAAGUGGGGAGAUGCCGUUCCAUGGCCGCACAGAUGCUGAGACCGCACGCAAGAUCAAGGCCGGCAAGUACAAACUGCACUGGAGCAGGUGGUAUAACAUUUCCAAGCGAGCGAAAGACUUUCUUGAAAAGCUGCUGGUCGUAUGUCCCAAGAAGAGGAUGGACGCUGUGGCAGCCCUGCAACACCCAUGGAUUACAUCCUUGGCGAUGGCUCCAGCCGUUCCGGAGAGCGUGGUGACGUGCUUCUUGAACUUCGCACAUGCUACCAAGUUUCAGAGGGCCUGUUUGCAAGCAAUGGCUUGGAGCCUGACGCUGGAGGAGCGACGCAAGCUGCGUGGGGAUUUCAUCCACCUGAGCCGCCAAGGAGUCAUCAAGCAGCAGCAUCUUCGAGAGUUUUUGUCAACGCAGAUGCAAGAAGAUUCGGAGAAGCUCCGGGAAGCUUUGCGGGCCCUCGACAUUCUGCAAAACCAGACUGGUGAUGACAUCAGCUACAGUAGCUUCCUGGCUGCCAUGAUUGCGUGCACGAAGCUGGAGGAGACUUCGCACGCAGCCAAGUCGGCAUUCCGUCGUUUCGAUCACACUGACAGUGGGUAUCUAAGCCCGUCAAAGCUGCGUGAAGUGCUCGGGGAGGAUUUCGAUGUGGAGGUGAUAUUCAAGGAGGUGGACCGCGACCAGGAUGGCAAGAUCAACAUUGACGAGUUCUUAGCUCACCUGAAUGAUGUCCAAAGUGCCGCUGUUGAGCGAUCCUUAAGUUCUUUAAGUGAUGGCCAUGCGCUGUGUGCGUGCAAAUCGCAAAAGUCGAAGCCACACAGAUUUUCGAGGACUGUCAAAGCUUGGUUCGGAGCGCUUUGCGGGGCAUAA